GAUCACCACCAACACCAUCCAAAUUAUCAUAAGUUAUGGCUGCCAAAGAUAUGCACAACCCAGCAGAGGAUUAUGUAGUAACACCACACCCCGUCCAAGGCCUCACCCGUGUUGUCCGUCACAUUACCGGUCACAAUGCUGAGGGCAAGUCAGUAUUUCUAUCCACCGACGUUGGAGAUCAUCACCGCGAGCUGGUGAACAAGUCAGCGAUUGCAAAUAUCCUCUACUCAACACAUGAGCAUCCUGUGAACCUCAAUGGCGAUGUUGACGUCAAGUACAGCCGCGAAAAUGAGCCUGGAAUUACGGUCAAGAAUGGCAGUGUAUGCCGCAUGAUUGAUUUCGCCCCCGGUGGUGUAUCUCCCAUGCACCGCGUCGAAAGUCUCGAUUACGCCAUCGUGAUUGAGGGUGUCUUCAGAAUGGUGCUUGACUCGGGCGAAGAGCGCAUCAUGCAGCGUGGUGAUGUUGCUAUUCAACGUGCUACAUCUCACAGGUGGAUCAACGUCACUGGGAACGGGCUCUUGCCUGCGCGUAUUCUGUUUGUUCUGCUUGACGUGAAGGAUGUGAAUGUGGCAGGGAAUAAAGUGGAUGGAUUCCUUGGUGUUCUCGGGAAGGACUAUGUUGGAUUACCGGGGCACGAGAAAGCUGCUGUAGAAAUGAAUGGGGUGGACAAUGGAUUUUAUCAGAGCGAGUUUUGAAUUCCACGUUGCCUAUGGGCCCAGUUGAACUUCGACCUCAAGUUUAGUGACACUGAUAUCUUCCUGCAAGUAUAAUUGAAUUUAUUGCAAUUCAACUGCAAUCAAUGAAUGCGGGAAUGUAAGAUUUGGAAAGUAAGGAACCAU